AUGGUAACUGGAAAGGCAAAGAUCUCCUGUACAUCCAUCACCACAGAUCAAAGGCGUAAGAACCCCACUGCCCAGGGAGAAAGACAGAAUGCAGCAACUGCACAGCAGCUCACCUAUUAUAUAAGAAAAAUAAGAAUAAUGUUGAACAUUGGGAAAGAGAUCUACUUCGAUGAGAAUGGUGAUUUACCUACGGUCUAUCGAGUUGUGAACUGGCAAAUGAAUCUGGAUGGGACCGUGGUACAAGUUAAGAUUGGCUCCUUUACUACUUCGGAUAAAGCUAUGACCUUUAACUCAAGUCUGAUCGUAUGGCCUACUGGAGAACAACAGGUCCCACGUUCUGUCUGUAGUGAGAGCUGUCAUCUGGGAUUCAGGAAAUCAGCCAUCCAAGGUCGACCUUCCUGCUGCUUUGAAUGUGUUCCCUGCCUACAAGGAGAGAUCUCCAAUCAGACAGAUUCUUUUAACUGCUUCAGAUGUCCAUGGGACCAAUGGCCAAAUCAAGAAAAAUCCAGCUGCAUCGUGAAACCGUUUGAGUUCCUGUCAUAUGAAGAUGUGUUAGGAGCCACCUUAGCUGCAUUCAGCUUGAUCUCUUCCAUUGUCCCUCUUCUUAUUUUGAGACUUUUCAUAAAGCAUAGAAAAACCCCUAUUGUAAAAGCCAGUAAUUAUUCCCUGAGUUGCCUUCUGUUGGUCUCCCUUUGUCUCUGCUUCCUCUGCUCCUUAGGAUUUAUUGGUUACCCAGAACACAAGAAAUGCCUCCUACGUCAGGCAUCCUUUGGUCUGGUCUUCUCUCUUUGUGUUGGAUGCAUUUUAGCCAAGACAAUCAUGGUGGUUUUUGCUUUUAUGGCCACCAGACCAGGAAGCAGUCUACGGAAAUGGACCACAUUCAGAGUUUCUUACUCUAUUAUUGUCCUCUUUUGUAUGUUACAGUUCAUCCUAUGUGUUGCUUGGCUGUCCAUUGCUCCUCCGUAUGGACAGUAUAACACCAAUAUUAAACCUGAACUCAUCAUCAUUGAUUGCAAUGAGGGAUCAUCCAUUGCCUUCUGGACCAUGUUGGGUUAUCUCUUUCUUCUGGCCACCAUUAGUUUCAUUGUAGCCUUCCUGGCUCGGAGGCUUCCCGACAGCUUUAAUGAAGCCCAGUUCAUUACCUUCAGCAUGUUGGCCUUCCUUAGUGUCUGGGUGUCUUAUAUCCCAGCCUCCCUCAGUGCUCAGGGCAAGUACACAGUAGCUAUGGAGAUCUUUGCAAUCUUAGCAUCCAGUUGGGCUUUGGUGAUAUGCAUGUUUCUUCCUAAAUGUUUUUUCAUACUAUUCCGACCCGAGACAAACUCCAAGGGAAAUAUCAUGAGGAAAAACAAAGAUAUCACUCUAUAUGUUCAAUAA